AUGCCGAGAAACCAUAAGCGGAAGCCUGCUACACGAAGAUAUGCGGAUUAUACAGAAGACACAUUGGCGGAAGCCCUUAGAGUGCUGAAAUCUAAGUCUAUGUCAUUGCGUGAAGCAUCUAAAAAAUACAAGAUAUCUUGGGGCACUCUAUCCAGGAAGCUCAAGAACAAAAAUAUGAAUAAAUAUGGACGACCCACAGUCCUGACAGAACAAGAGGAACAGAAAAUCGUAGAAGGUUUACAAGUGGCAGGAGGAUGGGGCUUUCCUCUUACCACCACAGACCUUCAGCUAGUUCGGCGCCUGAGCCGUACGAACCUGAGGGCGGCCGUGCCGCAGCUCGCCUCCGACCUGGAUCACCCGGCAGGGUUCCCCCCCUCCCCGUGGGCGGCGGUGCUGGGCCACCAGGCGGCGGCCACCAUGAUGCAGACCAGGGAGCACCACGCGGCCUACGGGACGCACCAUCCGGCCGCCCCUAUGGACCUGCACGUGCCGCAGGCGUUCCCCUAUUACCGCCGCCCCAUGGACCUGCACGUGCCGCAGGCGUUCUCCUAUUACCGGUUAGGGCCCAACUUGCGUCAUGCGCAGCCAGACAUUCUCGAGUGUACGUCCAGGCCGCAUGUAAGUCAGACGAAAAUAAGCCAAACAUACAUGCAAACGCCGGCCUGGCCGCCCCUGUAG